CACACCCAAGAAGAGAUGGACUACAGCAUGCCAGGCUCGAAGGACUCGUACUCGCCACAAGUGCACAACUUGUACCCGCACGCGCAGCCAGGACUGUAUCCUCCUCCGCAGGCGCCGGCGGCGAACCCGCAGGGGGGCUACCAGUACCAGUACCAGGACUGCUCCGGCGGAGCGGAGCAGCCUCCUUACAGCUACGGCCGCACCUGGCCGGGGCAGCCGGCUCCGUCCGACGCGGGGCCUUUCUACUACCAGGACGACGCCGACUGCAUCACCUUCCUCGGAGGAUGGAGCCUCUCAUGCAGCAUUUCAGAUUUGGAUUAUAAUGUCAUCUGA